GGUUCCUUGCAGAUCUCCCGUGGACCUGUGCAAGCGGCUCGGCCCUGCGUCCCGAUGACCCUCCUGCCCAUGGCAUCCGCAGUGGCGCUGACUGAGCCCAAGUGGGCCUCCGUGUGCAGCCGCUCCCUGGGGCUGGUGCUGCUCAGCAUGGCGCUGGGGUCCCUGGUGGCCCUGCUCCUGCCGCUGGGGGCCAUGGAGGAGCAGUGCCUGGCCCUGCUCAAAGGCUUCUACCUGCUCCGGAGCAAGCUGGACAGAGCACAGCACGCAGUCGCCAAGUGUCCCGGCCCGACCACGGAGCUCAGCAUCACCGCCCGGGACGCAGCCCCGCACUCGGUGCAAGCCAAGGCCUCGCCAGCCGCCAAGCUGGAGGCCAGAGCCGCCCUGAACCAGGCGCUGGAGAUGAAGCGUCACGGCAAGCGGGGGAAGGCCCACAAGCUCUUCCUGCACGCCCUCCAGAUGGACCCCGACUUCGCGGACGCGCUCACCGAGUUCGGCCUCUUCUCGGAGGAGGACAAGGACAUCGUCCAGGCGGACUUCCUGUACACCCGGGCUCUGAGCAUCGCGCCCCACCACGAGAAAGCCCUGGUGAGCCGGGACCGGACGCUGCCGCUGGUGGAGGAGAUCGACCAGCGCUACUUCGGCAUCAUCGACGGCAAAGUGAAGAAGGUCCUGUCCAUCCCCAAGAGCAACUCGGCGCUGCGCCGGGUCCUGGAGGAGACGUACUACCACCACAUCUACCACACGGUGGCCAUCGAGGGCAACACCCUCACCCUGGCGGAGAUCCGGCACAUCCUGGAGACGCGCUACGCCGUGCCCGGGAAGAGCCUGGAGGAGCAGAACGAGGUCCUCGGCAUGCACGCGGCCAUGAAGUACGUCAACACCACGCUGGUGUCCCGCAUCGGCUCGGUGACCACCGACGACCUGCUGGAGAUGCACCGGCGGGUGCUGGGCUACGUGGACCCCGUGGAAGCCGGCCGGUUCCGGCGGACCCAGGUCCUGGUGGGGCACCACCUGCCCCCGCACCCGCAGGAGGUGGCCAGGCAGAUGGACGAGUUCGUGCAGUGGCUCAACUCGGAGGACGCCAUGAACCUGCACCCGGUGGAGUUCGCCGCCCUGGCCCACUACAAACUCGUCUACAUCCACCCGUUCAUCGACGGCAACGGGAGGACGUCGCGUCUGCUGAUGAACCUCAUCCUCAUGCAGGCGGGCUACCCGCCCAUCACCAUCCGCAAAGAGCAGAGGGCCGAGUACUACCACGCCCUGGAGGUCGCCAAUGACGGCGACGUGCGGCCCUUCAUCCGCUUCAUCGCCAAGUGCACCGAGACCACCCUGGACACUCUGCUCUUCGCCACCACCGAGUACUCGGUGGCCCUGCCCGAGGCCAGCCCCAACCACUCUGGCUUCAAGGAGACGCUGCCCGUGAAGCCCUAGCCUGUGACG